AUGUGUGUUGAGAAAGAUGUGUUGCGAGGUUUGCGCAUACUGUACCAGCCAGUCCAUAGACGGAGUUUGUUGGAAGUAGAAGUGCGCAAAAUAGAUAAUAAUAUGGAUAAUUGGAAAAAGAAAAUACUUUUAUAUUUAACAAUUUGUGAUGAAGAAAUGGAAGCAGAAGAUACGGAGUUUAUUAGUUCUAUAAUUUUGAGCAAUACAAGAACACACAGGUUUUGGAUACGUAACCAUAUUAAAUAUCAUCGAUUACAUGGAGAAUUCUUUACCUUUUUUCAUACGGCUGAUGAUGAAAUAUUCGAAAAUUCUUAUCGAGUAUCUAGAAGUAACUUUUAUGAGUUACACAAUUUGAUUGAGAACAUUAUCAAGAAAGAAGACACUCACUACAGAGAAUGCAUCAGCACCAAGGAAAAAUUGGCGGUAUGUUUAAAGUAUUUAUCCACGGGCUCGUCGUUCACACGAUUGGCAGAAAAUUUUAGGAUUGGAGUAGCAAGUGUGUCGAGAAUUGUGGCAGAAGUUUGUAAUGCUCUUUGGCUUGUUUUACAACCUCUUGUUAUUCCAAAACCUACCAAAGACGACUGGAAGCGAAUAGCAAAGGAUUUUCAAGAGCUAUGGCAGUUUAAAAAUUGUUUGGGGGCUCUAGACGGUAAACAUGUUUAUAUAAUGUGUCCUGCAAACACUGGGUCCUCUUUUUUUAAUUACAAACAAAGAUUUUCUAUAGUGCUUAUGUGCUUAGCUGACGCUAGGAGAAAGAUUAUAAUGGUUGAUGUGGGAUCCAUGGGAAGAUUUAGUGAUGCUGGAAUAUUUGAUGAUAGUGUUUUUGGAAAAUAUUUGAAAGAAAAAAGAUUGAAUCUUCCAGAACCUGAACCAUUAUAUGAAGGAGGUGAACCAGUACCAUUUGUAUUCAUUGGAGAUGAGGCUUUUCCUUUGAUGGAAAAUUUCAUGCGCCCAUAUCCGCGGGACCAGUUAGACCAACAGAAACGUAUAUUUAACUAUAGACUUUCGAGGGCACGUCGCAUUGUAGAAGCUACAUUCGGUGUAUUGGCACGAAAGUGGUAUGUGUAUCGUAAAGACUUUGAAUGCAGAGUGGAAACGGUUGACAAAAUCGUAAAAGCCACAUGUGUAAUGCAUAAUUUUUUAAUUGAAAGACAAAGUAAUUAUUUGGAUUGCAUUGAUAACACAAAUACAAGUACUCUUGUAUCGGUUCCUAGCAUUUCCGUCGUCGUGUCAAGUGAUAGUUAUGAUGUAAGAGAGAAAUACUGCUCUUAUUUCAAUAAUCAAGGAAAAGUGUCAUGGCAAGAUACUCGUAUUUCGUCACGAAUUCAUCGCACACAAUAAAUACCCAAAUAUUGUAACUUGUAUUUUAAUAUACCUGAUUUUAAUACAUGAUUAUUACUUACCAUCUUUA